UUUCUGCCAUGAGUACAGAAGAGUCCACCCUUGCUCUCCGGGUUUACAAAUGGGCAUAGCGGAAGAAGCUAACUCCUGCUACAACAACAAUGCUUCUGGAGUUUGGCCUUGGCAUUCCUGUGGAACGACCAUUGAUCCCAGCCAUCAGUUUCGACGUCAACAUGCGUGAUGCUGAUGCUGUGCUUUCGUUUCGUUUCGACGUCGCAGGAGUUCUACAGCUCACGUCCUUGCUUGGGGUACCAAACGUUGUGAUUACAUCAUCACGUGACCGUGUUACUGAUGUGGAAGCCAUGGUCAUUCUGCUGAAACGCCUCCGUUACCCCAUUACCUUCUACGACAUGCUCUCAACAUUUGGUCGGUCGCGCGAACAAAUUUGCCGUAUAUUGAAUCACAUGGUGGCGUUCGUGUUCAACUCCUGGAGAGAUCAUCUACUGCAACAAGCGCAUUGUUCGUGCCCGAAUCGCACAGUAUGCCAGCGCCAUCCAUGCAAAAGGGUCACCACUUUCAAAUGUCUGGGCAUUUCCCGAUGGAACCAAGAUUGAAACUUGUCGCAUCAGUGCCUCUGCCAAUGGCGCUGCCGGAUUGAACUUGCAAAAGCGGACCUACUCAGGCCACAAACGCAUGCAUUGCCUAAACUUCCAAGGGUUGACAACUCCUGAUGGUCUCUGUAUCCACUUCUUCGGGCCCUUGGAGGGCAGUCGACAUGAUGUGAUGUUGCUGCGCAUCAGUCGGCUGCAAGAGUACUUUGAGGCCAAUUCGGACAUUUUUGUGGGUAUUAAAUUUACGGGGACCCUGCUUAUCCCAUUUCGAAGUGGCUUGUGUCUGGCUGCAAGGGGAGCAACUCGGACGAAUCAAAACAACGUUUUAACACACCCAUGAGCCGAUUUCGCCAAGGCGUUGAGUGGAACUUUCGGCGAAUGAAAACGCUUUAGGGAUUUACUACAUACAAAAUGGAGCAGAAGAUUAUGCUAUCGAAUGUUUAAGUUCAGACUCAAAUUUGUGGCGCGGGAAGUCGAG